AUGAAGCUCACUCUUCUUCUUAGUGCAGUCUUCUCUGGUGCUGUGGCGACUCUUGCUGAGACCUCAGAGUGGUCACCUCCGGAAUCGGGCGAUGCUCGCAGUCCGUGUCCAUUAUUGAACUCCUUGGCAAACCAUGGCUACCUCCCGCACGACGGAAAGAACAUCACUGGGGAUGUUCUCUCCAAAGCCAUCACGACGACUCUGAACAUGGACGAUAGCGUAAGCGCAGCCUUCAUGGCCGCCCUCCGAAACUCGAUCACUACAGCAGAGACGUUUUCUCUCGACGAGCUGAAUAAGCACAACGGCAUUGAGCACGAUGCCAGUUUAAGUCGCCAGGACUUUUACUUUGGCAAUGUGCAGGCUUUUAAUGAGACCAUCUUUAACCAGACUCGGUCAUACUGGACAGAUCCCGUCACCAUUGAUAUACAUCAAGCCGCCAACGCACGCAAUGCGCGUAUCGAAACUUCCAAGGCUACAAAUCCGACGUACAAUGAAACAGCCGUCAAUCGAGCCAGUGCCCUGGAGACUGCAGCAUAUAUCCUGAGCUUUGGGGACAAGGUCACUGGCAGUGUACCGAAAGCAUUUGUCGAGUACUUUUUCGAAAAUGAGCGACUGCCUUUCCAUCUGGGGUGGUAUAAAUCGGCUGAAUCCAUUUCAUUUGCGGAUUUUCAAAACAUGAGUACCCGCGUGUCUCAGGCUGGCUCACAGAGCCCAAGAGCAAUUGAGCUUUGA